AGAUGGAGCUGCGCCCUCGAAGAAAAAGCGCUGAAGUUGACUAAAAACUGUUCUCAUUCCGUGAGCGAAUCGCUGGAUAAUGGGCAGAAUGUUCACUAUACCAACGAUGGAGAGUACAUUUCCAAAGAAGGUAAAAAUGCUGUCAUUCAUGAUGCGAUGUAUCGGUGGACCUUGCCAGCCCAGUAUUACUUCAUGAAAGAUACGCGCUACGAGUCCGACCGUUUAUACACCUUUGCCAAUAUGGCUCACCAUGAAAUCUACGAAUUAGGCUGCAAUUAUGAGCAGUGCGGUGAUAGUUUUGGUGGUGUGGGCGAGGCUGUGUUUGCAUGUGUCUACAACAAAAAAGCUCCUAAAAAGACAGAUUUGUAUCAGAAGGGGGACAAAACCGGCUGUGCGAGCGCGGCUAAAGUGAAGGAUGUGUGCAAAAUGAAGGAAUUCAAGAUGUGGAGGUCUACUGUGUGA